ACUUAUAAAUAGGACCUACAAAUAUAACUACGGCUUUUAUAUCUAAAUACUCAGUGUUUGAAGUGUUUGCAACGAUGGCUUCAAAAAUCUUUUUGACACUUCCAAGCGGACAAAAAAUGCCGGUUCUUGGUUUAGGAACGUGGCAAGCAAAAGACGAUGCAGAGAUUGAGACAGCCAUUAACACAGCACUGGAAUUAGGAUACCGUCACAUAGACACAGCAUGGUCCUAUGAAAACGAACGAGCUAUUGGCAGAGUCUUGAAACAAUGGUUAACCUCUGGGAAACUCAAACGAGACGAUUUAUUUAUUACCACAAAACUACCACUGGUGGCAGUACAUCCGGAUCGAGUUGAUGCGUUCAUGAAAAAGUCUUUGGAAAAUCUACAACUAGAUUACGUGGACUUAUAUUUGAUACAUUUCCCAGUUGGUUGCAAAUAUAAGGAAGGUAAUGUGAGGCCGUACUAUGAUGACAAAGGCGAGGUUGUGACUGAAGGAAAAACAGAUCAUGCAGCUGUGUGGAGGAAAAUGGAAGAACAAGUAGAAGCAGGACGUGCUAAAAAUAUUGGUCUUUCGAAUUAUAACAUUGCACAAAUUUCGACGGUACUGAAGACGGCAAAAAUAAAACCCGCGAAUUUACAAGUAGAAAUGCAUGUGUAUCUACAGCAAAAAGGACUUGUUGAUUUCUGUCAUAAGAAUGGAAUAACGGUCGUUGCAUACUGUCCUGUCGCAAACCCAUCGUUUGCACAAAUUUUCGAACGACUGGGAAAAGAUUCUAAACAUUUACCUAAUAUUUUUGCCGAUCCUGUGAUUGCCAAAAUUGCUGAAAAGCAUAAGAAAACGCCAGCACAAGUUGCUUUGAGGUUUCUUCUACAAGUAGGGGUUUCUCCAAUUCCGAAAAGCGUCACACCAAAAAGAAUAGAAGAGAAUAUGAAUGUUUUUGAUUUUGAGUUAGACGAAGAUGAUAUGAAAUCUUUAAAUGCUUUAGAAAAAGGAGAGAAAGGUCGACUAGCUAAUUUUGGAUUGUUAAUGUCUGGCAUGGACAAACAUCCAGAUUUUCCAUUAAAAUAACGUACAGUGUUUAUUUAAAUUUAAAAUAAAUAUUAAAUUCGAAUAA